ACAAACAAAUCCACAGAGCCACUCUGUUGCCUUUUUUGCGACCGCUCAAAUUUUUCGUUUAUUUAUUUGCAAUAACGUCAAAUUUUGGAAUCCUCCGGAAUCUGCGAUUAACAAUGAAGAUUUCCGAGUCGAGGUUCGGCCGAGGAAAACACCAGCCUUAAUAUUUUUAAAGCAAAUUCCAACAGGUCUCGUGAAAUGGUUCCUUUCCCAUGACUGCUCCAGUUUAGAGUGUUCCUGUGUUUUUCUCUUGAUAAACAAUCCGAGACAGGAUGGCCGACGAAACUGUUGGAAUUUCACCUGCUCAGGCGGCCUCGACUGUCAAAGGCUUCACAAGCAUUGACUGGGCAGACAAUGAAGAGUGUCCGAUUUGCAGGAAACUGUUGGGAACGAAGUCUGUCGGUGUGCCCGACUGCUGCAGCCACUUCUUCUGCUACACAUGCAUCAAGUCUUGGGUCACCAAGUCAAAAUCAAACUGCCCUAUGGACAGAAUGGACAUCGCUGAGCUAAAAGUGUUUGACUCGCAAGGCAAAUUUCAGCGCACAGAAAAAGUGAAACCCAAAGAACAGGAGGACGAGAUCGAUUUUGAAUUCGAUGAUGACGGAAUUUGCCCGGAUUGUGGCUGGAUGGGGAUGAGAGCCACGGUGGGUGUGUGCCUGCAUUGCAUGUAUCACGUAGAAAACCCGUUCCCCGUCAGAAAUUGCCCACAGUGUAUGGAGGAUGAGUCAAAUCAAUCCGACGAUGAGUGGGUUCCGGAGGCAAACAGAGAUCCACAAUCAAGCAGCAGGAGGAGGAGUCUGCGAAGUGACAACAACCAGCAUGUGCUGUUGGAUGAUAAUGACUGGUCUGCAGAAUCAAGAGAGCGUGCUUCUCGCAAUAGGAGGAGAAUAAACCGGGACUUGGAGGAUUUUGUCGUAAACGAAGAAAUCGAAGAAGAUAGCAACUGCUCAAUAAACUCGCAAAUCCUUUCCAAACUGGGCGAAAAGGACCAUUCUUCGGAAAGUUCCGAUUCGGAAGUGGACGAAGAUGAAGAAGUCGAUGAAGACUUUGACCCUGCCCAGCCAGGACCCUCAACCAGCAGAGCUGUUGCUCGUCCAGUGCGUAAAAAGGUGGUGAGAAAAACUGCUGCAAAAACCAAAAGGAAAACCACCACCAAGAGAAAGAGAAAAACUAGGAAGAGGAAGGUGACUAAAAGAAAAACCACUGCCGGAGGAAAAACAAGACGGAAAAGAAAAGUCAAAAAGAGGAGAACCACAAAGAAGAAGAAGAGGGUCACCAACAGACCAACACUGCCUGAGGACUCGGCUAAAAAGCGUCUGGCCAAAAUCCUGGGCGUUCGUCCACCAAAAUUCAAUGGCCAGAUGUUGCCAAGAGGCUGCAAAAAGCGGCCGGUGACUGCAGCUCAGAGACAGGCCAUGGCAGCUUCAAGCAGUGCCUCUAAUGUUUACAACAGACCUCUCGGCAGUCUCGAAUAUCAUCAUCAUCCGACCCCUACUUUGCAUCUCUUUGGAGGGGAAGAGCUCGAGUACUUCCCAUCAGACUCUGACUCUGAAGGGAGUAGCUCAAGCUACCACAUGCCGAAGAAGCCACUGCCAUCGACUAGUGCCAGUGUCAUCAAGAGAUACAAGAGCAAUGCUCUCAAGUCGUUGAGGAAAAAGGCAGUUGCUGCUUCUGCCAUUUCCUCUCAGCCCACCUGCAAUCUGCUGGAUUCCAUUCUUGAAAGUCAAACAAAAAAGUUCGAAAUCAAAUCUGGGAUCACUGAGCGGUUGGACCCGUACAAGAAGACAUCACUGCCAAGCACCUCUUUCCAAGAGAGGCGCAAAAUUAGAUUCUCAUGUGACGAACCGUCAACAAGUCAGAGCACAGAGACUAGUUUGCCCAUCAGAAAGAAGAUUGUUUUUACCUUGGAGGAGGGUGGGCAAAAAGUGAUUGUGGAAUGCAAAAAGAGUCCCACCAGGGAGGAUGAUUUGGACUUGUACGGAGACAUCCCUAGUGCUGGUGGUGGCGAUGCUGGAGGUGACGAUGGUGAUGAAGACGACUACCUCUUUGAAGGGGGAGGUGGUGGCAGUAGCAAUAACGGAGAUGGGGGCAAUGGCAAUGAUGACGAGGAAGAUGACAAUAAAGAAAUUAUUGAUGACAAAGAGGAAGAAGACGAUGAAAAGGAAGAUGACGAUGAUGAAGAAGCCGAGGAAAUUGACGAGAUGGUCAUUGAUGAGAGUAUUAUUGCCCAGGAGGAGAUAAAAGAAGAGGAGGAAGAAACUGAAAUAAAGGAUCCUCUUGAAAUAGCCGAGCCUGAGGAAUUGCCAGACCCUCCAGAACCUGCACCUGUUGUAGUUAAGGCCGAGGAACUGGUUGUCCCAGAAAUAGUUCCAGAGACCAUUUUCCCUGUUGAGACUCCUCCUGUUUUUAAAUAUUCAUACACCAGUUUGCAAAUCGCUCGACAUUUGCAUGUGGAUGAUGAAGUGCCUCAAGUGGAAAAUGAAGAGCCUCCUGAACAAGAAGACUUUCCCGAAGAACCAGAAUCCGAUCAAGAGGUGAAGUCUGAAAAUUGUGUCGAUGAUCCAGCGCCUGAGAGAAGCUCGGAAACUCCGUCACCACAAUUACCAGGAAGCAGCCAAAGCACCAGAGUUGCGUCCUUGAGACUGUCCCCUCCAACAAGCUCCUCAACCAAGACUAGAAUUAACCCACCUGAAAUGACCAAUGGUGUUGUUUCAACAAGAACUGAAAAUGACAAGAAACCAUCGGGCGUCAAAUCGAGAAAGAAAAGUCUGGUUGAAGAAUUAUUUGGCUUCGACACCGAAGAGAAAUCUCCCCCUAAAAAGGUAGUUGCGGAGAAAGUAAGAGAUGACGGUGAAAUCAAAGAGAAGAAGAAGAACGGUGCUGAAAAGGAGGACGCUCAGCCUGUUAAAAAGGAACUUAGAGAGGAGAGGGAAGCAACAUCACCACCAAGAAAGGAGAAGAGAAAGAAGGAAAAGGUCAAAGAAAGCAGCAAAAAGAAGAAGAAAGACAGAAAGAGGUCCAGGUCAAGAUCAUCCUCCUCGGAUCGAAGGAAAAAGCACCACUCUAGAAAAUCAUCUCCACCAAGGCGCAGCAGGAAAAGAAGCCGAAGUAGAAGCAGAAGCCGCAAGAGGCACGACGAGAACGGCCGUGUCCCUGUGCACGAAAGACUCGGACCCCGAAGAGGAAGGUCUCGAGACAGAAGUGAGGAGGCAGGCAAGAAGGAGGUGUUUUCGUCGGGCGAGAACAUUCUGGUCAGCGUAAACUUCAGCAGAAGGAGAAAAAGAAUUGCUGAAAUUGCUGCUAAACGGAGGCCCGUGGCUGUGAUCAAUUUGGCUGUUGACGACGACAAGUCUCCCGUUGUAGAAAAAGGGGACAGUCCGAAGGAGUUAAUCGAACUAGACGAAGGAUGGAGCACAGACGAGGAAGUCAAAAAGCCCAAACACAAAGAAAGUCAAUCAAAGUCAAAGGACAAAAGCUCCAAAAAUAAGGAUAGUGGGCCCAAAACUCCUCCUGAACCCCAGGUCAAAUUUUCAAUUGCGUCUCGGCCUCAACUCAAGCAUAAAAACGUUUUGGGAGCUCAUGAUGAUGAUGACGAUGAGCCCGAACAAUCGUCUUCUGAGCUCAAAGAUUCAAAUACGAGCAAAAACUCGGUGGCCGAAUCCUACGACCCCUUCAACCCUACCGCAUCACCCAUGCAAGAGGCAGAAAAUGAACCUCCGGCUGCUGUUCAGGCACCCAGUCAGGCGCUGCCCCUGAUUGAACCUCAGCUGAGGCCCAUUUCGCCACCUAAAUUGCUCACUGAGAUGCCCAAGAUCGAACGGCCACCUCCUGCAAUUCCGGUAACAACUGCAAAGCCAGUCACUGAAAUUUUCCCUGGCUUGCCUGCCAACGUCGCCAAUAUUUUGUGCUCUUCCCAACUGCAGAAUGUGUUCACGCCGCAACUCAGCGCCCUUGCUGUGCCAUUGCUACUUUCAGCACCCUGUUUUAUGAACAUGCAAAAUGUUGUGCAACAAGCAAAUCAGCCUUCGACAGCAUCCGCUCCUGCACAACCCAAAGUUGACAACGGUGUGGUUGACAUGGAGCUUGAAUCUCCGUACUCUCCAGCCGCGUCUGAGGGAGACGAUCUCUUUGAGCCUCCGGCAGGCAAAAGCCAAACUCCAACAAAGACUGCGAAUAAGCCGCAAGAGAAGUUUGACAGCCUGUUCGGAAUCAAGAGUCGCGGCAACAACAAAGUGAACAAAAGCUCGUCCAAACCUAGUUCAAGUAAAACGCCGGUGAAAGAAGUCAAGACGUCGGUUGUAACCAGCACAGGCAAGAAGGACAUUUCUAUUAAAAUGGACAGGAACAAUUUGAAAGUUGUCGGUGAUCUGCCAACCACAGCUAUUGAAACUCAAGUCAAAGAAAAGUUCCUGAAGAAGCUGAACCGACAAGAAAGAGUUGUAGAAGAAGUAAAAGUAGCUCUCAAACCUCACUACACAAAAAAGCUCAUCAACAAGGAGGAGUACAAAGACAUAUUGCGUAGAGCUGUUCCAAAGGUCUGCCACAAUAAAAGUGGUGAAAUUAAUCCCGCUAAAAUCAAAGGCCUUGUGAGCGAGUAUGUGAAGAGAGUUAGACACGAGAGGAAGAAGGUCAAAAAGCAGUGAAAGCCCUUUAUCACUUUUUAACUAGAUCGUCUGUGAACUAAAUCAUGUAAUUUUUUUAAAACAAACUUAUUUAACAAUCAAUUUCUUUUUAUUAUAUUAUUAUUAUUCAUUAAAAAAAUUUAUUAUUAGAAGAACUUUUUAUUUCUUU